UUGGGGGCAGGGAGGGUAUUUAAUGGAGUAUAAUCCGCUUUGAUGUCACUGUAUGUUGAAGGAGGGGUCUGAGAUCCGGCACGGAGCUCGCAUAAUCCAAAUGUGUUGAUAAGAACAACCGACAAAGGAAAGCCGAAGAGCUUCUUCGUCGCCUAUUUUCAUAACAGGCUAUUUAGCAGCAUUUAAACAAUGAGCAGUGAGUGGGAGCCAUGAGCCAUAGGGAGGAACCAGAGGAUGUUGGUCUUAAGGGUCCUCCGCCUCAUCGCAGCAAACAACCUAAUGGGACUGCUCUAGAGGCAGGUCGCCCAAGAUGGAGGCCAUGCCAGCUGCACAAUCCAGAAGCAGAAGGCCAAGGUCACCAUCAUAAUCACCAUCAUCACUACCAUCACCAAACUAACCAGUCUGGAUCUAGCAGAGCUCCACCACGUCACCAUAGACGGCAUAUCCCCAGUCAAGGACAGCGCAGGCGGACUGAGAGUGUAUAUACAGAAGCAAAAGCUGGCCAACAGCCUAAGCCAGGGGCAGCAAGAUGCCAACAAAGUGGAGAAAGACUCCAUCAACAGAGAUAUAGACAGCAGUUCAAAGAGGAAGAACAUCAGGUGGUAAAACCUUCUCAAAAUGAAGAAGUUGCAGAAACGUUAUUUCCAGAAGAUUCCUCUCAAGGUAUGUUGACUCCAUCUCCUCAGGAAGAACUCAGCACUGAUAGACUGGCCGGAGACAGUGCAGACAAUUCCGGAUCAUUUGAUACACAGAUUGAUCAAUGUCCAAAUGAACCAGAUCAUACAGAUCAACCAGAGUCUUCAAUGGAACUGUUGGAGAAGGUGCCAUACGAAGAAUCAACAUUUGGUGAUGAGGAAUUAAAAGAGAAAAAGGAACAAGAAGACUAUUCAAGAGAAUUAACUGAGCAAAGUGAGCAGGUCUUUGUUUCAGCUAAGAUUGCUUCAAAAAGUGUCUUUCGUCUUGAAAGUAAAAAAUGUAGCCCUCUAAGAGUAGACGUUCCCCCGUGUGACACAUCUACUCAUCAGAUAAUGAACAAAUCUCUUUUCCAGUCUCAACAAACAUUCACCGAGUCACUUCGAACCUACAAUACUGAGCCAAAGUCCAACCCUACACAUUUGAACAUAAGUUACACUUCCCCAAGUAAGGAAAUAGAACUUGAUUGUAGGUACCAGUUUAAAGACCACCAAGAGGACCUCUCAAUCUCUAGUCCCGAGGCAUGCUGUGAUUCAUACUCACAACUAAGUCCAGAUUCAGAGUCCUAUCAAGAGAUUCCAACAGAAUUUAUGAUUGAAUCAUACCAGGCUGACCUAAUAGAGCCCAACCCAGAGCCUGAGGAAUAUCAAACCUUUAAGAGCAACCAGAACAUGUCCAUAUAUGAGUAUGAUUAUUGUGACUCACAGGAAGACGUCACUCAGCAUAGUUCAGUGGGGUCCAGGCUCCACCACUAUGAUGAACAGUCAGGAGAUGAAGCCGAAAGCUCAAGGAGAGGCAGAUCCCGGGUCAGGAAGAGCUCGCGCUCGGCAAGCCUUUCACAGGAAGCCCUGCCCCAAGCGGAAUUUGAAUCUACCCAUCCUUCACCUGACUUACAGACAGAAACUGUGGAGAAAACUGACAAGUCUUCCACUCCAACCCAGCAUCAAACUACAGAGUCUUGCAGAGCUACAGGAGACGCUGUUUCUUUGGCCAUUAAGGACAUUAAGGAAGCCAUCGAGGAGGUGAAGACCAAGACAAUGCGUUCACCUUACACACCCGACAAGCCCAAAGAGCCAGUGUGGGUGAUGAGACAGGAUGUGAGCCCUUUAGAGGAGUGCCAUCCUCAGAAUCAACCUCAGAUCGAGUCAUAUCCACCAUCACCAUCUCAGCACUCACAAUCUUCUCCACAGUACUUGGCUCCGAUUCAAGAUGCUGUACUUCCUCUUGGAGCAGAAUCCUCUGGAGUCCAUCAUCAGGACCAGGAUGUUGACAUCAGCCCCAGUGUACCAAGUGAAGAGUCCAGAAGAAAUCUUGCCCCUUUUCCUACAUAUGUUGAUGUUCCAGGGCCAUGUGACCCUGAGGAUUUGAUUGACGGCAUAAUUUUUGCUGCAAACUACCUGGGUUCCACUCAGCUGCUGUCAGAGAGAACGCCCACUAAGAGUGCCCGCAUGCAGCAAGCCCAGGAGGCCAUGAGCCGCGUCCGGACAGCCCAGAAACAGGCCAAAAUCAAAAAUAAGAGCACAGAGAGUGGGCCGCCAUCAAGCACUGAAGUGGACCUCUUUAUAUCAACACAGAGGAUCAAAGUGCUUAGUGCUUACACACAGGACACUAUGAUGGACCAUCCACUGAGGACCAUCUCGUAUAUAGCUGACAUCGGGAACAUGAUUGUGCUGAUGGCUCGCGGGAAGAUGAUUCGCUCUCAGAGCGCACAAGACAACUUAGACACCACCGAGACGCAACACACAAACCCAGUGCGAGAUGACCGACGCCAGUACAAGAUGAUGUGCCAUGUAUUUGAAUCAGAAGAUGCUCAGUUGAUUGCUCAGUCCAUUGGUCAGGCUUUCAGCGUUGCAUAUCAGGAGUUCUUGAGAGCCAAUGGCAUUGACCCAGAAGACCUGAGCCAGAGAGAGUACAGUGACCUGCUCAACACUCAGGAUAUGUACAACGACGACCUCAUUCACUUCUCCAAGUCUGAAAACUGUAGAGACGUAUAUAUAGAGAAACAGAAAGGUGAGAUUCUGGGUGUGGUGAUCGUGGAGUCGGGCUGGGGCUCCAUUCUCCCUACGGUCAUCAUCGCCAGUCUGAUGCACGGUGGACCUGCAGCAAAGUCUGGAAGAUUGAACAUCGGUGAUCAGAUCAUGACUGUUAAUGGCACUAGUCUGGUUGGACUGCCUCUCUCAACAUGUCAAAGCAUCAUUAAAGGGCUGAAGUCUCAAUGCAGGAUUAAAAUGAACAUUGUCAGGUGUCCUCCUGUGACUAUGGUCCUCAUCCGCAGACCAGACCUCCGAUAUCAACUGGGCUUCAGUGUACAGAAUGGCAUUAUCUGUAGUCUGAUGCGAGGGGGAAUUGCAGAGAGAGGAGGGGUCCGCGUUGGUCAUCGCAUCAUUGAGAUCAACGGUCAGAGUGUUGUGGCCACACCUCAUGAGAAGAUCGUUCAUAUCCUGUCCAACGCUGUGGGAGAGAUUCAUAUGAAGACUAUGCCAGCAGCCAUGUACCGCCUGCUCACCGCCCAGGAACAACCUGUGUACAUCUAAAACUCUGCAGGACCACCACAUCACCUUCAUACAUGCUGAUGAUCCAGAUGUAUUAUUUAUUUAAAUAUGAAUAUAACGGUUUACAUAUAUAUUUAA